AAAUUCGAGGUUAUGAUUGCUGUUUGUUUACUUUUUCUCAAAUUUUAUUAAAGGUUAUGCUAUUUUUUAUUUUCAUUAUUAUUUUCAAGCUUAAAAAUGAAUUUUUCUAAACAAUUUUUGUCCAGUUAUGUAAAAAGACGAUAUAUUAGUAAUCUAGUGAAAUUCCCAAAAGAUGACAUCAACAAAAUACGUAAUAUAGGCAUAAGUGCCCAUAUAGAUGCAGGUAAGACCACUACAACCGAAAGAAUGCUCUACUAUGCUGGCCUAAUUGAUAAUAUGGGCGAAGUCCAUCACGGCAAUACAGUCACAGAUUAUAUGGAACAAGAACGAGAACGUGGAAUUACAAUAACAUCGGCCGCAGUGACCUUUUUUUGGAAACAGCACCAGUUUAAUUUAAUCGACACACCAGGGCAUAUUGACUUUACAAUGGAAGUUGAACAGACUCUCAAUGUGCUCGAUGGAGUCGUCGUUAUCUUAGAUGGGUCUGCAGGAGUUGAAGCACAAACUCUGACUGUAUGGAGGCAGGCGGACCGGUAUAAUAUACCCAGGAUUGUUUAUGUGAAUAAAAUGGAUAGGGGAGAUGCUGAUGUUCGGAUGUGUUGCACGUCCAUUGAGAAAAAAUUGGAUGUGCCCGCAGUUUUGUUGCAGUUGCCUGCAAUAAGGGAUAAUAAAAUUUAUGGUAUUGUCGAUGUAUUAUCUUUAGAACUUAUUCAAUAUCAUAAUAAAGACAUAACCAAGGUACAAUUAUCAGAAAAAGAAUAUCCAAUGCUGUUUGAUGAAGCCCAAAAGGCCAGACUUAAAGUUAUUGAGCAGUUGACUGAUUAUAAUGAUGAAUUAGCUAAUACAGUUAUCAAUUCUGAGUCUUUUGAUAACAUUUCUAGUCUGGACAUUAUUAAGGCGCUUCAGAAAGUAACUUUGGAUAAGGUUGCAAUUCCUGUUACCCUGGGUAGUUCUUACAAAAACAUUGGUGUGCAAUCUCUGAUGGACUCAAUAAUCUUGUAUUUACCCUCGCCAACUUCAACAAAAAGCACAUUUGAAGAGCAUUUUGGAGCCAGAGCUUUUAAAGUAACGCAUGACAAGCAAAAAGGACCUCUAGUUUUUGCAAGAAUUUACAAUGGAACGAUUAAAAAGGGCCAAAAAGUUUUUAAUGCACAAAAAAAUGAGUCAGAGCAAAUAGGAAAGGUUUAUGUAGCUUAUGCUGAUGAUUUCAAAGAAAUGGACUCUCUGAGCACUGGUAACAUCGCCGUAUUGUCGGGGCUAAAAAAAGCUACUUCUGGAGACUUGUUAACCACCAAGAAAAAUAUUUCUCCAUCUGAAUUUGGUAUAAAUGUCAAAAUUCCCGAGCCAGUAUUUUUUUGCUCCAUUGAGCCACCUUCGAUGGCUUCUCAAAAUGCGUUGGAUCAAGCUCUAAAUGAACUACAAAGGGAAGAUCCUAGCUUAAGGGUCAAAUAUGACGGAGAAACUGGUCAAACUGUUUUGGGCGGCAUGGGGGAGCUUCAUUUAGAAAUCAUACAAAAUCGUAUUUUAAAAGAAUAUAAAAUUCCAGCCGAUUUAGGGCCCUUACAAAUAGCUUACAGAGAAAUGCCUCUACAACAACUAACUGAUACAUUAUCGAUAGAAACUAGAAUAGGCAACCACAAAAACUCUGUGUUAAUUAAACUUUCCCUAACUCCUUCCAAAUCUGAUUUUUUUCAAUUGAAAUUUGACAAGACCUCUGAAAGCGCCAGUAACAUUGCUGGCAUAUUUCCAAAACAUUUGCAAGCUAUUAAAAGAGGCAUUGAAGUGGGACUUGCACAAGGACCAAAAAUAAGCUCACAAAUUAUAAAUGUAGAUGUUAUGUUGCAUUGGUUUGAAGUAGGCCGAGGGACUUCUGAAACUAUUAUUGCCUCAACUGUUACCCAAUUGGUUCAGAAGCUGAUAAAAGAAUCUGGCACAUGUAUACUAGAACCUGUUAUGCUUUUAGAAAUUGUGACUCCUUCAGAGUAUCUUUCUAUUGUUUUAUCAGACCUUUCUCGAAGGAGAGCUGCAGUUAAUAAUGUGUCGAUAAGAGGAAGUUCUAAGAUUGUUACGGCAAAUACACCACUGGCAGAAUUAUUAGGAUAUUCAACGGAUUUAAGGACUAUUACGUCGGGGACUGCCACAUUUACUACAGAAUUUUUCGAAUAUCAGCAAAUGACUUCUCUGGAGGAAGAAAAUGCUAUUAGGAAUGUUAGAGGAUUUUAAAUUUUAUGACUGUAUAAAUCGAGAAUAGUACCUUAGUUUGGGUUUUCAUUUUUUAUUUUAAUUCCUUGAACGCUCUGCCUGAACUGUUUUUACAUGGAUCAAGAUCAAACUGAUUUUUUCAUUUCGUGGAAUACCAAAACAUCGAACUGCUAGGUCAGUUAAGUUAGCUCCCCCCCACUAAAAAUUUUUAGAUGAAAAGUUAUCUAUAAUUUUGCUCCUACUUUGCUCCAUAAAUUUUAAAUUUUGCUCUAUUACGCUUUAGAGACUAUAUCGAUUUUAAGAUGGGGGGGGGGGGGGGGGCUAGGUUGAUGGUAGCCCCCCUCACCACUUUCUUUCCAUAUUUGACUGUGAAUUCUUAUACUACUAAUUUUGCUUCAUUUUGCUCCUUUAUUGAAAAAUUUUGCUCCACAACCGUUCCUUAGUUACAGAGGUUUGGAAAAUAAUAAUCAGUCCCCCCCCACUUUUUUUCCCUAUCUAACAAUGGAUUCUUAUACUACUAAUUUUGCUCCGUUAUUGAAAAAUUUUGCUCCACAGCCGUUCCGUAGUUACAGAGGUUUGUAAAAUAUUAUUCAGCCCCUCCACCACUUUUUCUCUGUAUCUGACAAUGGAUUCUUAUACUAAUAACUUUGCUCCAUUUUGCUCUGUUAUUGACGGAUGGGGUAGGUCAGACCGGCCCUGGAUUUCUCAAGCCUACCAGCCCUUUGAGCCGUAAAAAGCAGGAAAAUUGUAUGCCGCCCAAAAAUUGCGGAUUUUUUCGGGUGCCACGCCCAAAAACGUUUAUUUUAUAAACUUUCAUGCUCACGCUAGCAAACAAGCAAUGACGUAACAGGACUGUCAUAACGACAAUUUGUUUGAAGAAAGGACAGGUGGCAACCCUAGUGGAAGGCGCAACUUUUUCUGAGAGCCACGCUCAAAAAUACGCGACACAGAAGUGAUUCAUUCCUAGUAUGCGUAUUCUUAGCGUCAACGACCAAGUUCCCAAAAGCAUAAAUUAUUCAUAAUUUGCAAAUAAUUUUUAUUUGUAUUGUAACACAAUUACAUACUUCAUAGUUUACAUAAAUACAGUAUCCGCCAAAAUAAAUAGUAUCGAACAUACAAAUUAUAUCAUUUGUUAAUUUUUAUCAUGCGUAUAUGUUCAAAAAAUGCAUCAUAGCGACGCAAAAAAGCUUCAUAACGAUUCUGCAAAUCAGUGAAAAUUUUAUUAAGAGUGGUUGCUGAAACUUUUCUGAGACUUGUUUCAAACUUAAGCCUAUAUUCCUUCCAAAUCCGUAUGACCGGAAAUAGUACUCUGUGCUCUACUAAGAAAACUGUUUCUUCAGUUGAAAGAUACAUAAUGACGAACAUUUUAUCCUUAACUUAAUAUCAACCUCAUAACUGAAGCGAAAUAUGAUGUUGCAAUCAUCAUAUUUCGCGUGCGCAAUUACUCAGAGCUCUUUAUUUCGGUACUGUUUAUUUUGGCGGAUAUCGUAUUAUAACAAGUUAAUUGUAGUGGUUGUAUGCACUAUGUGCAAAGCCAACCAAACCCAAAAAAAAAAAUAUAUAAAUAAUAAUAAUAAACUAUAUCGAUAUAUUUCAAUCGAUAUUUUACAAUCGAUAUAUCGAAAAAAAUAUCGAUAUACCUGAUAAUCUUUUCGAUAUAUCGGAACUAUAAUAGUUCAUUGGUUGACAAAGACAAUCUGACAGUUGACAGAGGCGGCUAAAAUGAAACAAAACGUCAGUUAGGGCGUGUGCGACCGUAGCAAUUAAAUGAGGAAAUAGUUAUUUUCCUAACAAGUGCGCAAAAGACACCUUGCGCACGUAUUAGGAACAAAAUUUUUCUUACGAGCUUCAUAUGAGGUAGGUAACAACAAAAACGAUAAUUUGUUCAAUUAUUUUCAAUUAACUUGAACCGAACCUAUUCAUUCAUCAAAAAAUUACAUAACAAAAAAACAGAAAAUUGAAAUUCUCGUCAGAGCUGUUCAUCUUAAGGCGUUUAAAAAUUUGAUGCGAAAUCAUCCCUCGUAAGAAAAAAAUAUUGAAAAUUCCAUAUUUUCUUAUUUUUUCUUCAGACACCUAGAUGGUGUUUCACGUUUAAAUUUGAAAACAUGCUUGUUCAAGGGAUGCUUUAUCAUCCCUCAAAAGGAAAAUUCCUUGCCAGCCGUCAAACUUACGAAAAUCAUCCCUUGGAAGAAAAAAUAUUGAAAAUGUCAUAUUUUCUUAUUUUUUCUUCAGACACCUAGAUGGUUUUUCACGUUCAAAUUUGAAAACAUGCUUGUUCAAGGAAUGCUUUAUCAUCCCUCAAAAGGAAAAUUCCUCGCCAGCCGUCAAACUUCGAAAAUCAUCUCUCGGAAGAAAAAAUAUUGAAAAUUUCAUAUUUUCUUAUUUUUUCUUCAAACACCUAGAUGGUGUUUCACGUUCAAAUUAAAAAACAUGCUUGUUCAAGGGAUGCUUUAUCCUCCUUCAAAAGAAAAAUUCCUUGCCAGCCGUCAAACUUACAAAAAUCAUCCCUCGUAAGAAAAAAUAUUGAAAAUUUCAUAAUUUCUUAUUUUUUCUUCAGACACCUAGAUGGUGUUUCACGUUCAAAUUUGAAAAUAUGCUUGUUCAAGGGAUGCUUUAUCAUCCUUCAAAAGAAAAAUUCCUUGCCAGCCGUCAAACUUACGAAAAUCAUCCCUCGUAAGAAAAAAUAUUGAAAAUUUCAUAAUUUCUUAUUUUUUCUUCAGACACCUAGAUGGUGUUUCACGUUCAAAUUUGGAAAAAUGCUUGUUCAAGGAAUGCUUUAUCAUCCCUCAAAAGGAAAAUUCCUUGCCUGCCGUCAAACUUACAAAAAUCAUUGAAAAUUUCAUAAUUUCUUAUUUUUUCUUCAGACACCUAGAUGGUGUUUCACGUUCAAAAUUGAAAACAUGCUUGUUCAAGGGAUGUUUUAUCAUCCCUCAAAAGGAAAAUUCCUUGCCAGCCGUCAAACUUACGAAAAUCAUCUCUCGGAAGAAAAAAUAUUGAAAAUUUCAUAUUUUCUUAUUUUUUCUUCAGACACCUAGAUGGUGUUUCACGUUCAAAUUUGAAAACAUGCUUGUUCAAGGAAUGCUUUAUCAUCCCUAAAAAAGGAAAAUUCCUUGCCUGCCGUCAAACUUACGAAAAUCAUCCCUCGGAAGAAAAAAUAUUGAAAAUUUCAUAUUUUCUUAUUUUCUCUUCAGACACCUGGAUGGUGUUUCACGUUCAAAUUUGAAAACAUGCUUGUUCAAGGGAUGCUUUAUCAUCCCUCAAAAGGAAAAUUCCUUGCCCGCCGUCAAACUUACGAAAAUCAUCCCUCGGAAGAAAAAAUAUUGAAAAUUUCAUAUUUUCUUAUUUUUUCUUCAGACACCUAGAUGGUGUUUCACGUUCCAAUUUGAAAACAUGCUUGUUCAAGGGAUGCUUUAUCAUCCCUUAAAAGGAAAAUUCCUCGCCAGCCGUCAAACUUACGAAAAUCAUCCCUCGGAAGAAAAAAUAUUGAAAAUUUCAUAUUUUCUUAUUUUUUCUUCAGACACCUAGAUGGUGUUUCACGUUCAAAUUAAAAAACAUGCUUGUUCAAGGGAUGCUUUAUCAUCCUUUAAAAGAAAAAUUCCUUGCCAGCCGUCAAACUUACGAAAAUCAUCCCUCGGAAGAAAAAAUAUUGAAAAUUUCAUAUUUUCUUAUUUUUUCUUCAGACACCUAGAUGGUGUUUCACGUUCAAAUUUGAAAAAAUGCUUGUUCAAGGAAUGCUUUAUCAUCCCUCAACAGGAAAAUUCCUUGCCUGCCGUCAAACUUACGAAAAUCAUCCCUCGGAAGAAAAAAUAUUGAAAAUUUCAUAUUUUCUUAUUUUUUCUUCAGACACCUAGAUGAUGUUUCACGUUCAAAUUUGAAAACAUGUUUGUUCAAGGGAUGUUUUAUCAUCCCUCAAAAGGAAAAUUCCUUGCCAGCCGUCAAACUUACGAUAAUCAUCUCUUGGA